AUCCCGGGCGGGAUGUCCCGGGGGGCCCGGGCGGGAUGUCGGGGGGGCCCGGGCGGGAUGUUCCGCGGGGCGCGGGGCCUCCCGCGGGUGACGCUCCGUGUCCCGCAGGCGAUGCGAGGAUGAGCAUGGCCCAGGCCGGGGCCGUCGCUGCAGCGGCCGCGGGGCUCCUGGCGUUGCUGCUGUACUGCUCCAUCCACAGGGUCGAGGAGGGACACCUGGCCGUGUACUACAGGGGUGGUGCCCUGUUAAGCAGCCCAAGUGGACCAGGCUACCACAUCAUGCUCCCCUUCAUUACCACAUUCAAAUCCGUGCAGACUACGUUGCAGACUGAUGAAGUGAAAAAUGUGCCUUGUGGGACAAGUGGUGGUGUUAUGAUCUACAUAGACCGAAUAGAAGUUGUGAAUAAGUUGGCACCAUAUGCAGUGUAUGACAUUGUGAGAAACUAUACUGCUGACUACGAUAAGACCUUGAUCUUCAAUAAAAUUCACCAUGAACUGAAUCAGUUCUGCAGUGCCCACACCCUGCAGGAGGUGUACAUCGAGCUGUUUGAUCAGAUAGAUGAGAAUCUGAAGCUGGCCCUGCAGAAGGAUCUCAAUGUCAUGGCACCAGGUCUCACUAUCCAGGCUGUCCGUGUGACCAAACCCAAAAUCCCAGAAGCUAUCCGAAGGAAUUUUGAGCUCAUGGAGGCUGAGAAGACCAAGCUGCUGAUUGCAGCCCAGAAGCAGAAGGUAGUCGAGAAGGAGGCAGAGACAGACCGGAAGAAAGCGCUCAUUGAGGCAGAGAAGGCUGCUCAGGUGGCCAGGAUUCACUAUCAACAGAAGAUUAUGGAGAAGGAAACAGAGAAGCGAAUUUCUGAGAUCGAAGAUGCUGCAUUCCUAGCAAGAGAGAAAGCAAAAGCUGAUGCAGAGUUCUACACUGCUCGGAAGCUGGCUGACUCCAACAAGCUGAAACUGACCCCUGAGUAUCUGGAACUCAUGAAAUACCAGGCAAUAUCUGCCAACAGCAAGCUGUAUUUUGGGGACCGCAUCCCUAACAUGUUUCUGGAUUCCUGUGCCUUCCAGCAACCCAAUCUGGGGACUGCCCAAGAAACCAGCCUUCCCUCGCAGGAGGCCCCAGAGACCUCUAGAGAAAACCACCUCAGAGCAAAAGAAAGCACUAGCUGAGGGAGGUGGAAAGCUAGCUAGUGUGGCUUGACAGCUAGCCCAGCUGUGAACGAGGAUGUUGCCCUGGGCUGGUAGGGCAGAUGCAGCAUGGACAUCUUGUGUAUAGUUGGCAGUUGGGGUGAUUUUCUUCUAGCAACAUGUUGCAAGUUCUCUGCCUCUUCUGUUUCUUCCCUUAUUAAAUUGGUGCUUCCAAAUGAGGGAUAAUCCUGUACUAACACACCUAUACUGGAAUAUUAAAAGACAGACACCAGGAAAGCCUUCUGCAGUAGGUGCAAUUAUUUAGCAAGCAUUACUCUGGAGGCAGGAGAUGUGGCUUUGAGGGCUGUGCUGCUGCAUAUUCAUCAUUUCCCCGGAGCUCCUGGCUGAGCCUGAGCCAAGAGGUUUCCUUCAUCCUGCUGAUGAAGCUUCGCCUUGGUGGACUCAGAGGCAGGUUUCUACCGGCGCUUCUCUUAACUCUCCUCAAGGACUCCAGUGGAAUGGGCUUUCCUUGGCCAGUGGAGGCUGCAUGUUCCUGGUCUGAGCAAGGCCUGGCCACAGAGUGAUUUGGUGUGGAGUAGGUUAUUUGAAUAGCCAUAAUCAUCUUUCCUGUAAGCAGUGGCACUAGAUAACAACUCAGAGCAAGCAACUUCUAAAUGACUUCUCUAACUCCCCCUCUCCAAGCAAGAGCCUCGUGCUGGCCACAUGUGACUGACUGGAACAUAUUUCAGGUGGGUGGCUGGGUCUCAUCUUCCACCCUGCAUCAGAUCCCAGAGUGCAUGGAGCACCUCCAAGCAGCUGGUUGGGAACAGAGCUGGGACACCUUCCCUCAGCACCCAGCUUCCCCGUAGGUCUUUCCACCAGGGAAAAGGGGCUGAAUUUCCACUACUCUGCUUGGCUGGCAAAGUGAAGGGCAAGAGUGAAGGGGAAGAGAAGAGGACUCCACUCUGCAGCAGACCAGACACUUGACACCUUGGCUGCAAAGCAGAGGAGGCCUUGCUGCUCCCUGGUGCAAAAGCCAUCGCUCCAAGAAGUGGGACCUGCCUCAUGAGUCCUUGAACAGCUGUGGUGGUGUCUUGUCGCUGGUCCUCUCAGCACUGGCCAGGCUUUGUGGCAUCACAGGGCUUCUGACUCGCAAGCAGUGCUGUCAGGAGGAGCUUUACACCUGCUGAGUGUUGGAAUCUGUCCAACCUCUGCUCCCUGGGGACCACUGCAGGGUGAGAGAGGUGUGCUCAGGGGGGAGAUCUGCUGGUAUGACCUGCUUUCCUCUUCUCCACCCUCCUCUUUGCUUGUGAGGACAUGCUUGCUUCUAGGACCUGUUGCUUGUUAUGUUCUGCCAUGAUCCCAGAUGACAGUGGCUGGGGAAACAACUGGCAAGAGCUUGUGUUGUGACGCUGUUCCCCAUGUGACAGCACCACUGUGGCCCUGGGGCGCUCUGGGCACUUGGCCCGUUAGUGCUGGCAUUGAGGCCAUCUGCAGCAAGGGCUUUAGCUUCUGCCUUGGUGAAGAGUCUAAAACAACAGCUUGAACUUCACCUCUGCUGAUUUCUCCAAAUGAGUUGUGUCGCCUUCAGGCUUUCCAGUGCUGUUCCCUGUCCUGCGUAGCUUGACUUGGAGGGUGGCAGUGUCUCUCCUCAAAGAAACUUGGUGGCAUAGGGUGACUCCCACUGUCUCAGCCCCUGCCCAAGCUGCCUCUGGUCUCUCACUGGGACAGAGCAGGGAUGCAUUGGUCCUGCCUCUCCUCACUGCUGGCCAGCUUGGGUAAUGCAUGGCUGUGGGGCUUAGCAGCUGGUUGUUGGUCUUUCCUCCAAUUGUCUGCAAGCUCCCAAGGCCCAGUGGGUGCCCUGCUCCAGGUUUUCAUCAAACCCAGCCAUGGCAGGAGCCAGGAAGCAGUACCCUGCUCCAGUGAAAGGCCAGCUGAAGGUACUGAGCACCAAUCCUGGCUUCCAGGGAGGUCCUGGGUGAGGGUACAUCCUUGUGCUCUGAAAAUGAGAGGCAGGGUACUGCUCCUGCCAGGAGGUUUCUCCAGUUUUCACUGAGCACACCUGGUUGCAGGCUUUGUGGCACAGCUCUGUGCCUUGCAGAUCCCAGGGGAACACUUGAGCCCAGCUUUUGCAUGGGGGGGGGGGGGUCAUGUCUUCAGCUGCCAAAGGGUAGAGCAAACUGCCCUCUUGGUGAAGAGCAGCUGCUGAUGUUUGAAAUGUCUCCUGGAAGUGCUGUUUGACGUUCAAGGUCCCCUUUCUCCUGUGGGAAGGGCUUUGAGGAGCCUGUUAAUCUCUCUGACCCUCUACCUCCUUAGUGUUGUUGCCUUGCUGCAGCCAAUUGGGUUGAGUUUGGGGAUGAAGGCAGGCUUUUUAGAACAAAGGCACUCCUGAAAGUGCCUAAAGAUGUAGACUUGUCCUCCGGUGGUCCUCUCUGGGGUUGGGCACUGCCCACUGCUGGCAUCAGCUUGGGUGGACAGGGUACGUUUUGCCAGCCUGGAGACAAGAAGUGAGGGGAACCACUAGAAGCAAUAACCAGGCAGCUCACAGUGCUCCUGCAGGCAUCAGAGCAAGACCCAUGUGCAGGGACCAGGAAAGCCUUCCAGGCCACUGCAGGAAAGGCUGCUUUCCUUUGGAUCUGAGCUUCCCUGCAGCCAUCCAGGUGGCACGGCUUUGCUGUUAGUGGGGAAAUGUCAUCCUGCUCUGGUUGGGUAGGCAGCAGCCACCUCCUACCCCUGUGGGCUGAGGGACACCUGGGAUGCUCCUGUGGUUGCAAGUCCACAGUAACGUGUGAUGCUCAGUGCCUUCUGGAGAUGCCUCCUCCACCUCUCUGCUUCUUCAGCCACCACAUCUAAAGCAGGUGUGCAGGAGGCUUUGCUUCUCCCCAAGGUGGGAGCUGCAGAGCAGGAGCACCAGUGCAGCCAGGAAUGUGGCAUUGAACUGUUUCUUUUCUGCCUGUUAAAAAGGUGAUUCGGGUGACUCAAGGGGUCAGCCACUGGAGUCACACCUUCUUUAAGGAAAGUCGAUAGAAUGUUCAAGUUUACAUGCACAGUGUUAAGUUCUUUUGAUAAAGCAGAAUAAAACUUAUUUUGUUACCA